AUGAAUCCUGCUAAUAUUAUAUAUUGUUUAUCAAAACUAUUUGAUGUUGAUCUCAAUUCAAGUAAAAGAGAGAUCUCACAGAGUGAGCUCAAAAUUUCAAAGAGCGUAGCUGAAAUUAUUAACACACUCGUUGGUUCCGAUCAGUUUAAUUACGAAGAUGAGAUUACACUUGAUCUGAUAAACGAGUUACCAGAUUAUUAUGAUGAAAUUAAUGUUAUUGAAACUAAUGACGAUGGCAAUGAUGCUGAUGAUGAAUGGGAUGAUAAAGAAAAUUUAAAAGAACACUAUAUACCAAAUACUUAUUCUAUCGAAUUUAUGAAAGAAGUUGUUGAUUUUGCUGAUGCAAAAGAUUCAUCAGGGAAACGGCGACGAUCGUGGAAAACAGUUGAACAUCGUUAUCGAUCACUUCCAGAUCAAAACUAUAUCAGUCGCUUUUGUAAGUAUUUAAGUCAACAAGGUACAAAACGUCAAAAAACUCAAAAUAUUGAUCAAAUUGUCUAUAAAAAGUUUUUGAAUGUCGCGAGCCAAAAGUGCGAAGCCUCAAACUCAUCAAGAUUCAUCUCUUUCGCUGCUUGCAGUGCCCAACGUUGA